AUGGCUAGAGGUUAUGACGAGGUGCAUGGAGGGUUCGGUUUCGGGGCUAGGAACGAGGGCGGUACUUCGUUGUUGGAGUUUGCUAAAGCUUUUGACUUGGUGUUAGCUAACAUGGGUUUUCAGAAGAGGGAGGAUCACCUGGUCACUUUCCGGAGUAGGGUUGCCAAGGCUCAGAUUGAUUAUCUUCUCCUCAGGAGAGGUGAUAAGGGCCUGUGUACGGAUUGCAAGGUUAUCCCGAGUGAGUGUCUGUCGAUGCAGCAUAGGCUCCUAGUAAUGGAUUUGGAGGUCAAGGGAGUAGGGAAGAAGAGAGCGGUGUACGGACAACCUAAGAUCAAGUGGGGAACCUUGACUAAGGGAAAGGCUCAGGAGUUGAGGGAGAAGUUGUUGGCUAUGAGGGCCCAGAGGAGCAGUGGGGACGCGAGUAGUAUGUGGACCAUGACAACAAACUGCAUUAGGAAAGCUGUUAGGGAGGUGUUAGGGGUCUCGAAGGGUUACUCGGGUGGAAGGGGAUUGGUGGUGGAAUGA